AUGGAUCGUUGCACGAUUUUAUACUAUUGGAUAUACAAUUCAGUAAAAGAACAUAAAAUAAAAAAUAAUAUUAUUACUGAAAGUUUUUAUGAUUAUUAUAGUAAUAUGUGUACGUUCCAAAGAAGAGCUAAGUGUUUUUAUUAUUCUUAUGACGAUAUUUAUGAAGCCCCAGUGAACAUAAUAUUCUUGGAUAUUUUCCAACAUAAUAUAAAUACCAUAACAAGUAUGUUGGAUAAUCCAAAUGGUACAUUUAAUGUUAAUUUGCAAAUGUAUAUUUGUGAAUGCAUUAAUAUAUAUAAUAAAGUGAAUAUAACAUAUUGUGUUGAAAAAGAUGAUAAAGAUGAAAAAAUUACAAGGACUUGUAACUCGUUAGAUGCAUUUAAGCAAACAUAUAAUACGUAUCUUUCUGGCCUAAAAUACACAAAAUAUAAAAUACCAUCUUUAGAUACUGAAGUUGAGGAAUAUUCGAAUAAUUGUAUAUCGCAAGCAGAAAUAAUAAAAUCAGUUACUGAUAGUCCACGAAGUGAAGAAACAUCUUCAUAUUCAACGAAUGAUCCU